AAACAGAGUUCUUUACACAAAACCAAAAAUUUUACUUCCCAUUUUUGGGCGUUAUUCUGUUGCUAUUAUUUCAUUAUUUAAGCAGUUACAUCAUUUUCAUAUCACAGUUUUGUUUGACAUUAUUUAAGCAGCAACAGCGUUUACUUCCGCUAGACGCAUUAUAUCAAUGUAUCUUCUGAUCUCUCUUUUUAUGUUUGAAUAUUUAUAUUAAAAGACUGAAAGAUGCCUGGUAAUGUUUGAUAAAAUAUUAGCAUCCUCGCAGCACUAAAUCAUCCAAGCUGGACUAUCCAACUCUCCGAGUAAAUUUGGGUGGAUCGAUACCAUCUCAGAAAAGAAUGAAAAAGAGAAGGGAACUCGAUGCAUUAAUAGGUAACAGAGCCAAGCGAGAUAGUGGCAUUCCUGAGGACGGACGAUUGGAGUAUGAUUCCUUGUCUAGUUUGUCAUCACCAACAGCAGACACAUAUAUGGCACCAAGUGGAAACUAUUUUAAUGUUCCGUCAAAACGUGUGAGCAGGACAUCUGGGAGAGGUUGUGGUUGUACUGUGCGUCGAAUGAUUAGAAUUUGUUUACCUGCUUGUUUCCUCUCACUUGUUGCAGCCUGCAUUACUGCAUGUAUUGGUAUUGUAUGGAUGCAAGUGCAAUUGAAGACUGAUGUAGAAAAAUUGAGAGAUAAAGUUGCAAAACUUGAAACAUGGCAAAGUAAUCAACCAUCAGCCCUUGAAGAUAUGAAGAAAACCAUGACUGACAUGCAGAAAGAUAUGACGAGCAUGAAUGAUGGUGAAAAUGGUGUAAAAAUUCUUGCAGAGAAACUUGCUACAUUGACUCAAAAGUUUGAGGAUCAAGUCGUUGUUCCAAACAAGAGGUUAGAUCAAUUGCAAACCCAAGCUCAGGAUGUUAAAAAGACAAUCGAAGAGAUAAAGUCUUCAAUGAAAAAUAUGGGAACGUCAGUUGAAGAAAUAAAUACUUCACAAAAUAUAUUAACUGCUUCAUAUAAUACAAUAUUGAAGUCAAUAGAUGAUAUAAAAGCAGAAGCAUCAGAUUCAAAUGUGAAGCAAUUGACUGAUCUUGUGUCAUCAUCUAAACAGAAUACUGAGGAUGGAAUAAUUAAAAUUAACACUACUUUACAAGAAAUUGCUGCCAAUCUUACUAUGUUGCAACACACUGUGAAUGAUUUUGAACAAAAAACAUCAGCUGAUCAAAUUUGGGAAGGCCUGAAUCCUCGUAUAUCUGGUCUGCAACAAGAUAUAUCUAAUUUGAAAAAGGAAAAGCAGUCAGAGGAUGAAACAUUAGGCAGCAUAACAAGAGAGAUAUCAGCUCUUCAGUCUCGUCUGUCUCAAAUUGCUUCAUCAGUGGAAGAAACGAAAGAUAAAAAGAUGGGUCACGCAUCAUCUGAAAACAUUGAUAAUAAUUCUGAUAGACCACCAGACCGGGAAAUCAAUGCCAAUUCAAAAGAUUCAGAAAGUAAACUAACUGGUUCUAGUACUAUUAAACAAGAAAAACCAAAAAAUAUUGGAGCUUCUCACGCUCAACAAGAUAAUGUAAAAAAUGAACAAGCAGAAAUUGAACAUACAGUUGGAGCAGAGAACAAUUCUCCUGCGAUAAAAAGCGAAGUUUCGAACAAAAAUCCCCAGAAUAAACAACCUGAUCCUGGUGGCAGAGAGCUUGGAAGCGAAAGUAAUGAAGCAGAUAUAAAAUCAUCAAAUAUCGAAGAUGCUAAUCCUAAGCAGAAGCAGCAAAAUUUGGUCGACAUAUUUACAGGUAUUCAAAAGAGAUUUAUUGAAUUGGAUAAAAAUUCAGAUGGAAAAUUAACAAAGGAUGAACUUAUAGCAAUAAUUGACGAGAAUUUAAUCCCUUCUCUGUUAAAAUAUGACGUAGAUAAUGAUGGCGCUUUGUCGAAAACGGAAAUUUCGAAAGUCUCGUUGACGUCUUCUCAACGUAAGCGUAAAAGGAAAGCAAAACGGUGACGAAAACGACAUUCCGAUCGAAGCACUUAUUUGUGAAAAUAUUGAAUAUAUAUUAUACCUUCAAUUUCACAAACUGAAAAACGCCUUUACUCAUACACUUACGUCCUGGCCGCCCUGAGAUGAAGGUGCAUUAUUGGAUAGUUGUUCAUGCCAAACUCGGGGUUCUAAAAGAAGGCCAAAGGGGUUGUUGAUCGUUCUAAACCUUUCCCCGAAGGAUCUGUUUUUAGGAUCAUCAUAAGUAUACCCAUGUCACGUGACAAAAGUAUUGUUACAAAACCAAUUAUAGACCGUUUUGCCUUAUGUUGUAAUCGUUUCAUAUCUAAAUUUAUAUUUUACUUCUGCCUUUGGAUGCGAAUUCAUCAACCGGUCUUCUCGUCCACGGGGUGAAUGCCUGAUAUCUCAUUAGAUAAAUUCGUAUUUCAAAUUCUAUUUAAUUUAUCUCUAUAUUCAGUCUCAAUUUGUUUACCCUAAAAUUGUAGAAAAUAUUAUUUAGUAUUAUAACAGUAUUAUUUCUAAUUUGGUCCUUGUAUUAUUGGGUCUGAAGUCUAAACUUACAUUUAUUUAUCAGAACAAUAUAUAUUACUACUACCCAAUAUAAAUUUAAGGAACACUUAUUUUUGUCGCGUGGGAAUUUUUUUCAACUCUCAUUUGAAAAUAUGCGCGAUAAGUAAUAGCAAUUUCAUGAUGAAUAACUAAUAUGUGACUAUAACACACCAUUCACCACUUAAUGGAUGUGUAUUUUCAUAUACAGUAUGUAUCAUUCAAUUUGAUUGAAGUGUUUUUUUUUCAUUAAGUUUUUCUAAUAUCCGAGAUUCGUUUGAUUUUUCAGCAAUAUUAUUUCAUUGACAGUAGAAAUACCUGAAAAUUUUCUUUCAUGUGUUGGUAAUCUGAAGCAUAUACUAUCUCACAUAAAAAUCGGAGAAUCUGGAUUCCUCAAGGAAUGCUCCAAAGUCCAAAGUGGUGUUUUGAAAUUUUGAGUUGAAAGUAUUUUAAGAUCGUUCAAGAGGUCCAUUCGACGCGUGCCGUUUGUAUAUUGAUUCCGCGUAACACUCGGCCAUCUGAGUUGUAAGCUAUCUUGUUGCCGUAGACAUUAGCGGGAAUUAAAAUUUUUGCCUACCUAUAUCAAAUACAAAACAAAAAAAGCGCUCUUACUUCUUCGUCGAUCAAAUUUCGCUCGCGAUAUCUCAUUAAACAAAAGCUAAAGUGGCGCCAUUUUGAUUCCAAACAAACAACAUGGCGGCAGAUCAGGAAGAUGUCACGUUUCGUGGGGAAUUCUAAUGUGUCAAUGAAACAGAGAUAACUUUUCUGUUUGUUUUGCAAACACGACUACAUUUAUUUGCUUGUUUUCGACGAUUUCAAAUUAUUACCUGAUUGUUGUCCGGUUAGUUUUUCUCACGUACUACUUGGGAAAUUUUUUUGUUUUGUUCAACCGAUGUUUGUUACUAACUAUUUUUCCAUGAUUGUGGUUACCGCGAUUAUAUAAAAUAAGCAUUGUCUGUCUGAUAUCAACGUUUUCGCACCUCUGACCCCGAAGCAUUUUGCGCGAUCGAUAUUUUGGGGCAUAUUUUUAGUCAUUAAUUACCAGAUAUUUCCUAUAAAUCUAUUUCCAAUGAUUCUGGUAACGCGACUGUAUUUUUCGUUAUUAAAUUUUUAAUAUGUCAGAAAUUGAUGUUUUCGCGCCUCUGGACCUUGAACCGUUUGUGCGAUAUUCUCAAUGAAUAUUUGCCACUAAUGUUUCCCCAUGUUUUGUUGUUACCACGAUUGUGUUUUUUCGUUCAUUGAAAGCCCGAUCGGCAUCAGCCAUUUUUCGAGCCUCUCGAUCGUAUACCAUUUUGUGGGAUAUUCUAACCAAAUGAAUGUUUGUAUACAUAAAAUUUCAGAUUCUUCAAUCAUUCUGUAAUAAUAAUAGUCUUAAUACCUGUUGAACAAUGUUCCCCAAAUAUAUAUUAUUUUCGUUCGCCCUUUUGAACAAUUUUCCAAAUAUGAACUCGGUGAUUUUUUACGUGACCUGUUGGGGGGCUGGUGACGUCAUUAGGCGAUAUUUUUGAGUCAUGAUAUUGUUAUUGCUUAGUCAUUCCAUUUUCCUAUCAUUUUAUAGGAGAAAAUUUCCCGUAACAAGAAUUUGGUUUUUGCCGCGGUCAGAGGUAUUACGUUAAAUUAUUGGUGGCCAAAUGUAAUCAGACGAUAAAAUCACUUAAAAUGGCCGCAAGACAUAUAUGGAUAAUUUUGCUAUUUUCCCACCCGAUUAUUGUCGAAACUUAUAAUAGGUAAUUUUUAAUUUGUGAAUCAUCGUAAAUUUCAUAUCUAAUCAACUAGGCAAUUUUCAAGUAUUUGUUUUUGUAUCUAUCGGAGAAAAUCAUUUCGUGGGGUAUUUUAACCUCCUCAUAUUAUCGUAAUCAGCGUUGGACCACGUUUUGCUCGUAACGGAAAUCGCAUCCAUAUGAAUACAGUAUUUAUCGUAUUGUUAUAUUAUUCUAUUAAGAAUGGCAAUACGGAGUCAACGCGAAAAGCCAUACUUGUGCUGUUUCAUAAGAAGGAAAAUAUAUUGUUUUUCACAAGUUGUAUUCGCUACGUCAAUAUUGCAUUGUGGGUAAUUUUACCGCCUUAAAUUGGUUAUAUGGUACUCGAUGCUUAUUCCGAAUUUAAAUGGUUUGUGUGGCAUAUUUUGGCUAGGGUGAUGGGAUACUUAUUAUCGUCUACCAUUGAUUGGCUUGCUAGUUGUUACGUACGCAGACGAGCAAUAUUUACAUUUGCAAUCGGGUAAUUUAUAUAUUUCAUUUCACUAUUGAAUUAGUAUUUUGGAGAAAUUCUGAUUAGACCCAGCAGAAGAUCAGAAGUCCAUUAUCAUUAGUCGAAGCAUAUUAUUCACUUGGUAUAUGAAGUACAUUUUUAAUUUGUUAUAAAAGGAUUAUUUUUAAUAUAUAUUAAUGUAUACCA